CUGUGACGUCAUCGGGAGUGGACGCGCGAUGCCCCACCGCCGCCUCCUCAGAAGUGUUUUUGUGUCUGCGAGCGAGAGAGGAGGCAAGCAAAGGGGAGGCAGCGAGAGGCUGAGCGCCGCAGCGAGAGAGGAAGAGUGAGCCUCGCGGGCCGCCGUCGCUCCCGGGAGGCCGCGCCACUGCCGGAGCCCUCGCCGGCCACCGUCCGUCCGCGCGCUCGCGCCAGCCAGCCGCCACCGCCACCUCCUCCUCCUCCUCAGUGCUGUCCCUCAGGCGAUGGAGCGGCGGAGCCGGAGGCGGCUGGGCCUGGAGGGGCGGCCGGCCUCGCUCUUGGCCGCCGCCCUCUUCCUUCUCCUCCUUCUUCUCCUGAGGGGUCCAGGCUCCGUCUCGGCGGCGGCGGCGGCGGAGGGGAAGGAGUGUGCCAAGCCGUGCGCCCACGGAGGGCGCUGCCAGCCCAGCACCGGCCAGUGCGAGUGCCAGCCCGGCUGGGUCGGGGACCAGUGCCAGCACUGCGGGGGCCGCUUCCGGCUUACUGGACCUUCAGGGUAUAUAACAGAUGGACCUGGAAACUACAAAUACAAAACAAAAUGCACAUGGCUUAUUGAAGGAAGGUCGAACACAAUCCUUAGGCUCCGCUUCAAUCAUUUUGCUACAGAAUGCAGCUGGGACCACUUGUAUGUAUAUGAUGGGGAUUCUAUUUAUGCUCCGUUACUGGCUGCUUUUAGUGGUCUCAUCGUUCCUGAGAGGGAGAGCAAUGACACUGUUCCUGAAGUUGUGGCCACCUCUGGCUAUGCCCUCCUGCAUUUCUUUAGUGAUGCGGCUUACAAUUUGACAGGGUUUAACAUCACCUAUACUUUUAACGUUUGUCCCCAUAACUGCUCUGGUCGAGGAGAGUGCAAGCUCACCAACAGCAGCAAGGUGGUUGAAUGUGAGUGUUUCGAGCAUUGGAAGGGAGAGGCCUGUGAUGUUCCAUCUUGCCCAGAAGACUGUGGCUUCCCUGAGAAGGGACAGUGUCGUACAAAUGGUACCCAAGGAUGCGAGUGCAAGCCUGGCUGGCAAGGUACAGACUGUUCAGUCCCUGUUCCAGCAAACCAGUCAUUUUGGACUCGUGAGGAAUUCUACAUCCCCAAGCUUCCCAGAGCAUCUCACAAAGCCGUAGUACAGGGUGAUGUCAUGUGGGUGGUUGGUGGCUACAUGUUCAACCACACAAAUUCCCAAAUGGUUUUGGCAUAUGACCUUUAUGAUAGAGAAUGGAUUUCUCUGAACAGCAGUGUGAAUGAAGUUGUAAUCAGAUAUGGGCAUUCUCUGGCUGUACAUGAAAAUAAAAUCUACAUGUAUGGAGGCAAGAUAGAUGAAACGGGGAACGUAACCAAUGAGCUGUGGGUGUUCCAUAGUGCAAACCAGUCCUGGGUUCAUGUGGUCCCAAAGGCGAAGGAGCAGUAUGCCGUCGUGGGCCAUUCAGCACACAUUGUCACGCUGGAUGAUGGGACCUCCGUGAUGCUGGUCAUUUUUGGACACUGCCCUCUUUAUGGAUACAUUAGCAAUGUGCAGGAAUACAAUUUGGCAACGAAUGCAUGGAGUAUUUUACAAACAAGUGGUGCCUUAGUACAAGGAGGAUAUGGCCACAGCAGUGUGUAUGAUCCAAACACCAAGUCCAUCUACACCCAUGGAGGUUACAAGGCAUUUAGUGCCAACAAAUACAGGCUGACGGAUGAUUUAUACAAGUAUGAAGUUAAUACAAACAUGUGGACCAUUCUUAAAGACAGCAAAUUUUCCCGCUACUUGCAUUCCGCUGUGAUCAUUAGUGGAACCAUGCUGGUGUUUGGAGGAAACACCCAUAAUGACACAUCUAUGAGCCACGGUGCGAAGUGCUUUUCUUCAGACUUCAUGGCUUAUGAUAUAGCUUGUGAUCGCUGGACAGUGCUUCCUCAACCGGAUCUCCCCCAUGAUGUCAACAGAUUUGGACACUCCGCUGUGCUGAGGAACAACACCAUGUACGUGUUUGGAGGCUUCAACAGCCUGCUUUUGAGCGACAUUGUGAAGUAUACUCCAGAAAGCUGUGACGCAUACAGCACGGAAACCUCCUGUUUCCAGGCUGGCCCUGGGCUCCGAUGUGUGUGGAAUGGCUCGAUUUCCCAGUGUCUACAAUGGGAAAUGGCUACAGUCCUCCAAGAACAAAAUAUCAUUGAGGAAUGCCCUCCCUUGCUAGUUGGGGACCAUGAAAAAUGUGAUCAGAUUACAGACUGCUACAGCUGUACAGCCAACUCCAACCGGUGCCACUGGUGCACUGACCAGUGUGUCUCCAGGAAUAGCAACUGCUCGGAAGACCAGACUCCCAUUGCUAAAUAUGCAAAUUGCCCCAAGGAUAACCCUGCAUUUUAUUGUAACAAAAAGACCAGUUGUAAGAGCUGCAGCUUGGAUCAGAACUGUCAGUGGGAGGGUCGGAAUCAGGAGUGCAUUGCGUUGCCUGAGAACAUCUGUGGGGCGACAUGGCACUUGGUUGGCAACUCCUGUCUGAAAAUCACAAAUGCAAAGGACAGCUACGACAAUGCCAAACUGGCCUGCAGGAAUCACAAUGCUGCUCUGGCAUCGCUCACCACUCAGAAGAAGGUAGAGUUCCUUCUCAAGGAACUUCAGAAGGUGCAGUCCACGCCCAAAGCCUUGACGCCGUGGGUUGGACUGCGGAAGAUCAACAUCUCAUAUUGGUGCUGGGAAGAUAUGUCUCCUUUCACAAACACCUUGCUCCAGUGGCUGCCAGGGGAGCCGAGCGAUAUUGGGUUCUGCAGCUAUUUGGCAGAACCAACUAAUCGAGGGCUGAAGGCGGCAACGUGCAUCAACCAAGUCAACGGCAGCGUUUGUGAAAGGCCUGCUAACCACAGUGCCAAGCAGUGUCGUACCCCCUGUGGCAUGAGAACAGUGUGCAGCGAAUGUACCAGCAGCAACUCGGAAUGCAUGUGGUGCAGCAACAAGAAGCAGUGUGUCGACUCAAAUGCAUAUGUGGCCUCUUUCCCAUACGGCCAGUGCAUGGAGUGGCACACAGUGAGCAGCUGUCCACCUGAAAACUGUUCUGGCUACUUCACUUGCAGUCACUGUUUAGAACAGCCCGGCUGUGGCUGGUGUACCGAUCCCAGUAACACGGGCAAGGGAAAGUGCAUUGAAGGCUCUUCUAGAGGUCCAGUGAAGAUGCCACCACCACCUUCACCUCCAACUGGGAAGUCCUAUCUGGAACCUGUCCUUGAUGUCAGCAUGUGCCUAGCGGAGAACAGAUAUAACUGGUCCUUUAUUCAGUGUCCAGCCUGCCAGUGUAACGGGCACAGCCAGUGUGUCAACGAGAGCAUCUGCGAGAGGUGUGAGAAUCUGACGACUGGCAAGCACUGCGAGACCUGCAUCUCCGGUUACUAUGGGGACCCCACCAACGGAGGGACCUGUCAACCUUGCAAGUGUAACGGCCAUGCUACUGUCUGCAACGCAAACACAGGGAAGUGUUUCUGCACCACAAAGGGAAUAAAAGGAGAGGAGUGUCAACUAUGUGAGGUUGAAAACCGAUACCAGGGCAAUCCUCUCAAAGGAACUUGCUACUAUACUCUCCUUAUUGACUAUCAGUUCACCUUCAGCCUCUCCCAGGAGGAUGAUCGCUAUUAUACGGCCAUCAAUUUCGUAGCAACACCUGAAGAGCAAAACAGAGACUUGGACAUGUUCAUCAACGCUUCAAAAAAUUUUAACCUCAACAUCACUUGGUCAACAAGUUUUGCAGCUGGUACCCAGGCAGGAGAGGAAAUUCCCGUGGUUUCAAAGAGCCAAAUCAAGGAGUACAAGGACAGUUUCUCCAAUGAGAAAUUUGACUUCCGCAACAACCCCAACAUCACUUUCUUCGUCUAUGUCAGCAAUUUUACGUGGCCAAUUAAAAUACAGAUUGCAUUUUCACAGCACAGUAACUUUAUGGACCUGGUUCAGUUUUUUGUCACCUUCUUUAGCUGUUUCUUGUCUCUACUUCUUGUGGCUGCCGUGGUUUGGAAGAUCAAGCAGAGCUGCUGGGCAUCGCGUCGGAGAGAGCAACUACUCCGGGAGAUGCAGCAGAUGGCCAGCCGCCCCUUUGCCUCCAUCAACGUUGCCUUAGAAACGGACGAGGAGCCGCCUGAUCUCAUUGGAGGGAGCAUUAAGACUGUCCCGAAGCCCAUCGCACUGGAGCCUUGUUUUGGCAACAAAGCGGCCGUCCUCUCUGUAUUUGUGAGGUUGCCACGAGGCCUGGGAGGGAUCCCCCCACCAGGGCAAUCAGGUCUCGCAGUAGCCAGCGCGUUGGUGGACAUUUCACAACAAAUGCCUAUUGCCUACAAAGAGAAAUCGGGAGCAGUACGAAAUCGCAAACAGCAGCCUCCAGCCCAGCCUGGAACCUGUAUUUGAUGCAUGGACAUCAGAACUGCCUCUUUAGGGUUUUAAACACAAGGGAUUACCUGAGAGGAGGAAGAGGACAGAGAUUUUGCAAGGUCUGUGGCACAAAGGAGACCAUGGAGCAUCCGAGUGACGUUUGCGGAUGCAGCCAGCCCUUCCUCUUGGCACUGACAUCGUCUUCGUUGGCUUUUUUUGGACACCUGCUCCAUCCUAGACUUGCUGGCCCCCUCCCUUCCACAUGGCUCUUCUCUUGUCCUCCCCACCCCCAGCCAAAGGCCAGCAACAUCAGUCUCCACCACUGAAGGUCAGCAUUAAUACGAAAAAGCCACACAAAGACAAAGAACUCUGGGCUUUUGUAUGUGGGAAGUGCGUUGUGGUACUUGAAUUUUUUUUCCCCAGGGUGGACAAGAAAAGAUGCAGCACUUACUGAUAAUUUUCUGCCCUCAGCGGAUAAAUCCCAGGAUUUAAGGAGAAGCUAACUCAAUUUCCGCCAGGAGCCUGGUGGUUGUAAAAAUCCUAUUUAUUUCUACCAUAUUUAGAGCUCUCUUCCAAACAAGAUGCAUUCAUUGGGUUGGCGGUAUGUUUCUAGCUUUAUUUUUAUCCAUCAGGCCAGAGAUAGAGCUGAGUACAGUUGGAUUCCUAAAAGUACCUUUUCUUGAAAAAUCAACGUUUUUCAUGUCGAUCUGUGCAGUGGAUACAUGCACUAGCGUCCGGAGGUUUUAAAUAGAAGUAGGAAGCAAGGGAAUUGAUGCAGCUAGGCUCUUACAUAACUGCCUUCUGAAGUUCCUCUCUUACCCUGGGCAGUCCAUGGCCUUUUUUCCUGUUUUUUUUGGUGAUGUGUCCCUCAACCAGUGCAGAACAUCAAGACACAAGAUGGAGCAGUGAUGUUGUCAGGCAGAGAUGGCAGAGCUGCCUUUUAUUGACACAGCCUGUCUCCUUCCACUCUGGGCUGCUGCUGUGUUGAUCUUUCCCUCUCUCAGGCAUCCUCCUGAUCCUUUUCUUUUUACCUUUUUCUUUUUUUAAACUGACGUGAUUGCCAACUAUUGGGAUGGGCUGCUUUCUGCAUUGCGGAAGGAGUGCUCCCAAGAGUGACUCCUUGGUCUGAAAACUUCUCGAUGGCAUCACCCCCCCCCCCCGACCACUACUUGUUAAUAAGCUCACUGAUCAGACGUGUACUUCUGUGGAAUUAGUGUGUGUUAAUUACCCCAGCAAGAUGCUGGCAGACAUGGAUGUGGAGCACCUGGGAGCACCCCUCAGGGCUUCCAUUUGUAUCAUAAGGAGUUAAGAGGCUGCUCCUCAGCACUACUUCCUAGCAACAAGAGGACUUUCCCAUCCCAGCAGCACCCUUUUGUUGCCCCAGUUUUGGCUGGCAUUGUAAAACCUGGAGACGUUUCCAUCUGCCGGCCUUUGAUCACACUUGAGAAGUUCUCAGCAGUGUUGUGCGUUCUAGUGAGAGAGUUCAGGAAUGUGGGUUUCAUUAGCUGUCAGCCAUAGACGUAGGAGAGAAGCAGGAAAUCUUGGCAGUUACUUUGUCACUCCAAAUUGAGUGGACAUUGUGGAACUUCAGCUUUGUGUUGAAGUUGUUACAGCUCAGGUUUCACUUGCUCUUAACACCUAACCAGUUCCGUCAGGAAGUUGUCCAUAUGUGUGUUUGGAAGAGAGCAAUUUAGCUUCCAAAAUGGGGCAGGGAUCGGAGGCUUACCCCUUUUUGCUUAGAAGUCUGUUCAACUUACUGAUGAAGAGGGUUUCUUGAUGGUGCAUGCAGCCCCAGUCCACGGAGGGCCCCCUCAAGUAGCUCCUUUAGUCAUAGCAAGAAUGGUAUUGCAGCUGCGUGCUCAUCCCCCGACCCUGCGCUCUACCGCGUCUCCAGCAUGUGCACCUGCAUGGGGCUUCCCCUGUCACUGCAGUGCUGCUAACCGGGACCUUGCCCUGCGCCAUCUGGAGGAGUCCUCAUGCACCCUGGCAGCAUUGCACUGCUGGAUCAGGGCCGUUAUGGUUUCUGAGGGCAAAACCACGUUAUGUCCUGCAUGGGGCUGUCCCCGCUCCUCCGAAAUGGUAUUUUGGUGUUGAGUCCUUCCCUGCCCCCACCUCAGGACAUUGGGCUGCUUGCCCCAUGUUGUGCCAUCUAUAGGUUCUGCAUUCCACCACCCGCCAACCAGCAGACAAUGAUGGGGAGUGUGUGUGCAUGCAUGCAGAAGUGGUGACCUCACAUCACAGGGGUAAGGGCUCCUUGUUUCAAAGAAGAACAUGGCACACAGGUGCCUUUUGGGCAGCAUGAGUAGCCCCAUCUUGAGGCUAGGCCUGGAGUCACGGUGCCUCUUCCGCUGCCCCCACCUCCUCUGCACCUCAAUGCAGUCCUGUACUAUCGUUGGUCUUGGCUUGGGCGGUUGCGGAGGGGAGACUGGGGGCACCAAGGAUUUUCUCUUGGGUGGUGGUCUUCGCAAGUCGUCUUCAUCUCAUAACUGUGGUGUGGUGAGAGACCAAAGCAGCCUCGGUUUGGACUGCCUGGGGCAAAAAGCGCGAUUGUCACAUUGAUGAAUUUGUACCCUUUGAACACCACAGAACUGGAAAAAAUGUAUGAUUAAAAUAGCAUCUCUUUUUUUCUAAUUGGUUUCUUUAAAGCUGCACGUGAGUUGCAUUGUCCUUGGGGUGUGGGGACAGAUUCUUCUUGAAGUCCAUUUUUGAAUAUCAAGUAAUGCACAAAAUUACCUCAUGCCUCUCUGGAAAGAAUUCAUCCCUUGUAGGAACAACUUGGCACUUGAACCUUCUCUCUUGUUGUGUCGGCAUGAUCUGCUCCGGCAGUUCGUAGUAGGAGCUGGGGACAAUGGGGCUGAGGCCAGUGUCCCAAUAUGGGGCCAAGUUCCCACCUCCUGGAGCAGCCAAUUCGCUUGUCCGAGAGCACAGAGUUGUGGGAAUAUCCUCCUAUUUUGUCAGUUCCUGUAGUUCCACCAUCACCAGCGUUUCUUUCAUUUGGACCCUGGAGUGUCCACUGGAAUAUUAGGGGAUGAGGACCUCUUAUUUGCAAGUCCCCGUCGCAAACAGUACUGUUGCUUGCUGGCAAAGAAGUCUGGGCCCUUCCUGCAUACGCACCCAUUAUUAUAAACAGACAAAAUGAAUCCAGCAGUUGCUUAUGAAACCUGAAAGUAAAGUGUGUGCUUAUUCCUGGCUCACAUCAAUUCAGAGAGCUGCAGGUGUCGGCUCUGUGGAAUGCAUCCUUAUAGUUGGUUGCAUCGUGGUCCGUGAGGAAGGAACCUCUCGCAUGUACCUCCCAGCCAAAGAGGUUUAUAGGCUGGUUAUCAGCUAAGCGGCUGCGAGUGACAUUUGGCCAAGUCAACAGAUUGCUGCUGACUUGGAAUCAGCAUGUUGACAUAAUGAAUGAUAUAUAUUUUUAGUUUCUCAGUGCAGAGGGUGGGGUGGGGGUUCCCCCUUUAAAACCACAUCAGUCAAAUAAAUAAAGGCACGCCUGCAUUGGUGCUUGUGCAUUCGACUUCUAUAGCAGUGAGCAGCAUGUCAAGAGGUUUAUUGUGUCUAUAAAACAGAAAAUCUAAUGUACUUUCAGGUGCAGUUUAGAACUCUGUAUGAGUUUCAUCUUUAAUGACUUGUGCAUCUACUAAGCGUAAACACUAUGGAGCUUUUAAGCUGUCAUCCUGUUUAAGCACCUGAUUGUCUGUAGCAGAGGCGGCUUCUCUUACUACCUGCGUACCUAAAUGCAAUGGGCAGCAUCUUCCAGAAACUGUCUCUUGCACUGUCCAAGUUUGAAAUCCACAGGAUUUGUGCAAGGACAUGUGGCAAGGAAUGGCUCUCAGGCAAGCCCCGCACGGAUGCUCAUGCCGAAUUGGUCUAUGUCAGUAAAGGGAUCUUUACUAGAAGAGGGACAAAUUAAAGAUCUAAAGGACUUAAUUCCUUCAGAAUCUGAGUUGUAUGGCAGUCGAGGCUCCCUCUGCAGCUUGGUUUGAGGUCUCUUUAGAAGCACUUUUAAAGACUUGGAGGAUCGUUCUUAAAACAUCUGUUCUCAAAGCUUCUUCGUUGGUCACUUUUUGGUCUGUAAUUUGUGCACAAAGGAAGAGGGGUGGUGACAGAAGGGCCUCUUGCAUCGCCCCCCUGGAGGGGUUUUGUCUGGUCAAAAUUGUACUCUCUUAUGACUGGAAUUUUCUUCUUCCCUGCUAAAUCUUUCCAAUGCAUAAUGCACCUAACUGUGGUGAAUUGCAAACGUUCAGAGAAUGACAGGCUGUGAAAACGCCUCUUGACAGGUACCUGCUUCCUUCUAGUUACCAUGCUCACCGUGCUAAAAAGGAAAGGGGGAAAUCUCCCCCCCACCGCCCAAGGAACUGUCGAUGUGUGAGAAUAUAUUCACUUGGUUUCCAGUAUGCUUUAAAAAUUACUGUCAGGAAUGAGCUUUGAUGCAGUGCCCGCUCAGGAAAGGAACCGAAAAUCAACGCUCAGGCGGAGACCGUGGUUGCUUGUGGAGUGAAGUGGCAAAGAGAUGGAGCUGCCAACACAGACGGCCCCUGCUUCAAUUCUAGCCUUUGCCAUUUCCCUCCUUGGUGGCUUUAGACAAGCCACAUGGGAUAACAAUGCCAACUUUGCAGGGCUGUUGUAAGGACGACUGAGCAGUGUUCCCUCUAACUGGGAGUCCCAGCUGUUGUUGACUACAGCUCCCAGAAUCCCCAAGCAAAAGCCAUUGCAGCUGGAGAUUCUGGGAGUUGUAGUCAACGACAUCUGGGAAUCUCUGUUAGAGGGAACGUUGCUACUGAGGUAUGGGUGCAAUGUACUUCAAACACUCAAGCAGAGGUUCUCAAGCUUGGGUCCCCAGAUGUUGGACUACAACUCCCAGAAUCCCUGGCCACAAUGGCUAUAGGGUGUUGUGGCUGGGGAUGAUGGGAGUUGUAGUUCAACAUCGGAGGACCCAAGUUUUUAAUGUAAGAGGGAGCAGCCACUGCCACCACUUCCUGGGUGCUGUGUGCCCCGAACUCUUGAGCACCCCAAAAUACCUUUCUGGAGAGCAUCCUGUUAUUGUGUGUAAAUUGAUGAGAAACGGAUUUCCUUCCAGGGCUGCUGGUGCUUGUCGUCAUGGCAGCAACUUCUUCUUCCCUUCUAGGAAUAGCAGCUGCCCUGUAUUCCUGCAUGCCGUGCCAGAUGCUGCAGAGCCCUCCCUGGGUCACGGGGGAAGCCCCUGCACACAGAGAUCUCCUCGGGUCCACAGCUAGUGUGUGCAGUACCCGUGCACCCCAUCUUGACUAGUGUAAUCGUUCCCUCCUUCGGAGCUUGGAUACUUGAUAGCUGCUUCAAGAUGAUCUGGCAGCAGAAGAGUGAGUGUGCAUUUCACUCGCUCUUCUCUUAUCCUCCCGGGUCUCCAGGGCCUGUGUGGGUGUCCUAGUUUCCCCUGUAGGGAAACUGGAUUUUUCCGUUUCCCAAGAUUCAUGGAAGAAUGGCCCCUGCAUACCAUGAGGAAGCCCAAAACCUGUCUGUGUCUGCCAUGGCAGGAUUCAUGCACCCAUCUGGCAUGUAGGAGAGGAAGAGCUGCCUCCUUCCGAUGCCCUAGUCUCUGGAUCUCCUGCUUAUUUGCCAUCCAAAGAGAAUAUUUUCUGUCAAUGAGGCAGAAAAAUGUAAAGAGUGAUUCAGUGGUGAAUGGUUACUGCAAUACCCUUCUAGACUCCUGUUCCCUGAAAUAGGAGUUCUCAAACUUGGGUCCCCAGAUGUUUUUGGACUACAAUUCCCAUCAUCCCCAGCCACAAUGACCAAAGGCCAUUUGAACUAUGGGAGUUGUAGUCCAGCAACAUCAGGGGACCCAAGGUUGAGAACCCUUGCUCUAAAAGAUGUGCUCGGGUCUCCCGUGGCAUCCCAUCAUCCCUGACUGUGGCUGAGGAUGAUGGGAGUUGUAUUCCAGCUAGCUGGAGGGCCAAAGUUGAGCAGCCCUGAUGUCGGCUGACAUUUGAUUUUCAGCAGAGGGAAGCCUACAAACAAGCAACAGCCAACUGGCAUUCAGAGCUGCACAGCCUCUGAAACUGGACAUUUCUUUAGCUGUUGUAGUGAGCAGCUGUUAGGCCUUUCCUCCUCCUCCUCCUCCAUGAAUUUGUCUCUUGGAACUGUCUAAGACUGUGACCAUCACCAGAACAUCCAUGAUGCAUGUGAGCCUCUACCUCUUCUGCCCACUUCCAAGUCCUGUUGAAAUCAGUGGGAUUUAAGUCAGUCACAACUCAUUCUUACUCUAUUGCUUUCAGUGGGACUUGGCUGCAACUAAAAUUGCUGGAUUGUGUCCUUGAAAUGCAGGUUGGAUUUUUUCUCCCUCUCCCUCUCUCUCUUCACGGCUCCAUAGUGUAGCUAGGAGGCUGACUUUUGUCUAACGCUGUAGAUUCAGGCACUUGUGGCUGCCUUUUCUAGUACCUAGAAGCGAGUUCUGGAUGAGGUCACCGUGCUGUGUCAUGCCCCCUUCCCCCCUGGAAAACUUGUCCAACCAACUUUGUUUUCCUUGAAAUAAGCUCUUUUUUGUGUCUUCCAGUUUCAAAAUGCUUUGACAUUUGAGCCAAACCCUUAAUGUCAAAAAUCCGCUCUGGUACCCCAGCCGGGGUGGAAAAAUUAAGUGAAAAUUCUCAUGGUGUGUAAAAUAAUGUGGGCCCUUCUUUCUUUUGAAAGAAGGAAAGAAAGAAAAUACAUAAAUUUCUAUUACUUUGAAAUUUGUGCACAAAGUGUUCUUUUCUCUAGAGCUCUCAAACUAAUUUUCUCUAUUGAAUUAUUCUCAUUGCUUUCUUACCCUAUGGUUCUUUUCACUGUUCUUCUGUAUUUGAACCUGACCUUAGUUUUUGUUCAUAUGUAUAAUUUAGUCUUUAUUGCAUUCAUAUGUAAAUAAUGAGUAAGUAUUGUAAACUAUUUCAUUGCCAGGGGUGAUAUAAAAAAAUACACAUUUUAGGGCUGCCGAUUUUUUGGUAUACUUUUUUUGUAUUGUAAAAAGACACCGCUAAUUUAAGAGCAGGAACAAGGUGAUGAAAACAUGCAUUUUAAAAUACCAAUGUGAAGUAUAUGUACAUAAAUAAAAAGUAAAUAAUUGAACUUUUUUUCCUUCUGGAAUAAAAAGUCGAUCUGGUUUAAAAUA